AUGGAUAUGACGACGGAAGGCUGGCAGCUACAUCAACUGGCGCAGGAAUACCCUUGGAAGGCGCUAAAGAAUCUGCUAUCGAGCGACCCCGAGCUAAAGAUAUUGAAUCCCAAGCUGAUUGGAGAAAUUAAAGGUACGGCAUCCCUACCGAAGGCAGCAACUAACCCGCUCGAAGGGAUCAGCGCAAUCAUCCAGCUACUACAGGAUGCAGGAGACGUAGCUGUAAUGUUCGAUGCGGACAAACGGCUGGAGUGCGACCGAGAUCAGGUGAUGCACGCGUGUCAAUCGCUAUAUAACAAGCUUGUUCCCCUGACGGGUAAACGCAAAUCGACGGAUCAAGCUGUUGCUAAGGCCGCCGAUGCUCCGAGAGGGUACCAUACUUGA